AUGGCGUCAAAACAGAAGUAUUCUGUGACCCGGAUGCAAAAACUACCGCCUAUUCGUGAGGAAUCGUUCGCCGUCCCGACCCCCCGGACUCCACGUGUUCCCUACUCUCAGGCGUCAGUUCCAGUUAAGGCGGGUCGUCCUGCUCCCGUGUCAAACGAGCCAAAAGCCAAUCUGGCAGAUCUGAACACAACUUCUCUCAGUAAACCAAGAAUUCACGUGAGGCCACUCCCAGGAACUGGACCCGAUGACGAUUUAGACCGACCUAAACUGGUCCAGAAACCACGCCUCACCGUGGAGAUGCCGAUGACACCGAACGACAGUCACACCCUGGUAGAUGGACUAGUAGCAGACUAUCUUCACUACGCAGCUUACGGACACAUUAUCCCUGUGUAUGAAGGCAUCGGCCAAUUACAGUGUUCCUGUUGUAAAGACAGAAACAGAGAGAAUGUUCGAAAUCUUCUAGGCCUGCCAUCAUCAGACAAAAAAGUGAUCAAACACAAAAAGGCACAGCUUGGACGUCUUCAACCCAAGUUUGUACCACCGACCAAACCCAAGGAAAAUCACGAAGUUGACGAGAAGGCUUGGAACGCCCCCAAAAAGAACCACACUCCGAAAGUAGACUGGAAGAACGAGACUUGGAUGAAACACCAACCUUUGCCAGCAGCAACAAACUUUUUGAAUCCCGAGUUCAAUCGCCCUAUAUAUGCUUAUCAGAAACCGCCCGAAAUUGAGAUACCUUCGCUAGUAUUUGACUCUGUACUUCACGCAAAUACCAAAUAUGACCAGUCUAUGAAAAGACUAGAGAAAAUGUUUCAGAUAGAUUCCGAACUUCCACCCAACCCUGAUGAUGAUUAUUUGUAUAAUGGUCCGCCGGAAUGGAACGUCAUGUAG